AUGUUCCCUAAAAUACUUCUGGGAACGCCACAUCCGUCCAGCCUUCACCUCUCUCUAUCGCCGGCCACCACAAACUCAAAUGAGAAAUUAAGGCCAUAUCCUUCCUCCUCGUCUCUUGUUCUCUCUCGAGAACCAAACAUAUUAGGAUCCGAGCAACAUUGUCUUCUUCCUCUUCUGUCACGUCGCAAUCAGAACGAUAAUGCAGCAUUGGAACCUUCACGCCAUAACAGUAGUGCCACUACGUGUUUUUAA